AAGAAAGGGGAUAUCAUCAGCAAAGCAAGGAAGAAAGAGAAGAUAUUCAGCAAAACAAGCAAGAAAGAGAAGAUCUACAGCAAAACAAGAAAGGGAAGAUCUUCAGCAAAGCAAGAAAGGGAAUAUCCUUAGCAAAGCAAGAAAGGGAAGAUCAUCAGCAAAGCAAGGAAGAAAGAGAAAGACCCUCAGCAAAGCAAGAAAGUCAAUAAACUGAUUGAUCUGCUAUCAACCAAAAGGGUCGACACUCAGAAGAUUUUCCACAAUGAAUGGUACAAGUAACAUGAGCAGCCCGGGACCACAGACGGUAUGCCACGGUUUGACGACCAUUGCAUUCAAACUCACAGCGUCAGUAAGAUUCACUGCCAUCUCGUCAGUGGUGCUCAACAUCAUUUUAAUCUUUCUGUCGGUGAUAGGGAAUGGCAUUGUCGUUUACACCAUCAUCUUCACAAAAGCUUUGCAAAAAGUCUCGUUUGUCUUGGUUGGCUAUGUCUCCUUUCUUUGGCUACUUAACAGCUUGUCCACUACUGUCUUGCUUACUGUCGUUCGUAUUCAAGACUUGCUACAGGUUCAUAACUGCUCUCUCAAACUGGCUGCAUCCUUUUCUGCUUAUUUUUUACGAGGAUUGUGCUAUAUCGGCGUAAUCGCUUCUUUCGUUGACAAAUACAUUUCUGUUAAGCUUCCUAGAAAACGGGAAAAGUUACCUUUGGCGAUAAUUUAUUCUAUUGCUGUUGGUAUCUUGAAUAUCGUAUGGUUUUCAUUUAUCCUUAAACUGUUUACAAAACAGGGUGACCUCCCAUAUCUCACAAGUUUUAUCGGCGGAACAACAGGGAUAUGGUUUCUGCUUUUGUUCUUCUUUUACAUAGAAACAUUUAUCAGGCUUCGCAAACUUAAGCGUGUUGGUGCAAGCAUCGUAGCAGCCCUUGGAGACAGACAACGUGAGAAAACAGAAGAAGAAGAUAGAAGACGUGUUAAGAAUUUGCUCAUGCUGGUAUCUAUCCAUACUAUUCCAUUGCUGGGGAAAAUUUGCUGCACCAUAGCGAGGGCGAAAACAGACGAUGGUUUGUUAGUUGCGUAUCACUGCCAUCGAUGGACUGGACUCCUGUUUGCAGCAAAUGCAGCCAUUAACCCGAUAUUCUGCAUUCUUCGAGUCAAAGCUAUCAAAGCUGAAGUUUUGAAGAUGAUUGGCUGGUCAAGCUCUUCAACAGUUGUUGAAAGUAUCCAGAGGGUGGAAGACGAAAAUUCAAUAGAAAUCAAAGAAGAGACUCAGUAACUGUUCUUGUGCCACAAUCUCACUCCUGUUCUGCUUAUUUAUUCGUGGGUACGCCCGUUAAUGGAUGGCUUCCAGGGGAGAACUAGAAUAACAUUCCUUACCGGGAAAUCAACCUCUAUGGGUCCAAAGAAGCUUGAAUUUCGCAUAUUUGGUUUAAUUUACAAUUGUGUGCUGUAGUAUAGUGAGACAUUAAUUAAAGGAAUGCAUCUAGACUUCACUAUGCAACAAUGGAAAUCUACAGGCAUUUUUUCGUUCAAGAUGUGGAUUACCUUAGUGGAAAGGUUCCCAUAUUUUAGCAUCCCUUGUCACUUAAAAGCAUAACAACGAUCAUAAGGGAGGUCACAAUUGGGAGGGUGAAAGUUUAGAGUGGGUUGGAAGUUGCAAGAAGUAGCUUUGUUCAUGUUCAUAGGUUUUGUUGGCGACAAAAAAAUUGAAAUUUGGCAUUUUAGGAAUGAGCGGAAAAUGGAUCUAGUGUAUUAAAACAUUUUAUCUCGAACCUUGGCCGAUUUAGAACCAAGAAAGUUCCCAGGCAAUGUUCAUGAACUUGUUAUUAUUAUUAUACUCCAUGAUUUUUUGCUUCAAUUCAACAUGACGUUUGAAAGGUCUUGCAAAGUUGUAGAACAAAAAUUAAAGUACUAGUAAUGAACACAGUUUAACAGUGCUGCAACGAGUACCCUAUGUCAAUAGCUACAUUUUGUAAAACAAUAUAUAUUUCAUAUUUGUCUUUUUUUGUUAGCAACCAUGGUCCUUGAUGAAGGAUUACGUAGGGUGCACAUGAGAAACGGCCAUACCAAAUAAAAUCCUUAAAUGUCCCUCAGGGGUUUCUGGCUGAUGACUUGCACCCACUAUCACCCUUGCUAUCAUUCCCAAACUGGGAUUGAGGCUGUUACCAGCUAGUAGUUUUAUCUUUUAUUCAACAUCUUUAAGUUGUUGUUGUUUCCUUUCUUUCCUUUUACGCCUUUAUACAACUGUUCGAUUCGAUUCUUUAGAGGCUUAGGGUACCAAGGAUACAAGAUCUUAUACUUCUUAGUUUGACCAUAUGGGUCUUUAAACUUUUUUGAUUGAUUCUUCGGGCUUUGGCCCGUUGAAACAUUACUUUUCAUGAAGGGCCACAUCCAUUGUAAAGACCACAAUACAGUCAUCUUUUGGCAGGGGCCCACCGGGAAUUUUCCUGGUAGCCCGGUGGUCCAGUCCGCCACUGGUUAUUUCCUAUUCUCUUCUCUACACCGAGGCUGAAACAUUUUUGUAUAUCACUUAUGUAUCGCCAACCUGCUUGUUGACAUAAACGAUCUGUUCCAGGUAGAGAAUGAUCUAUGAUCUUAUGCCCUCGAUAAAGGAAAAUGAAAUUACCGAACGCUGUUUAAAAUUGGUCUUGCUGCUCUAGGUGCCUCGUCUAGCCUUAAAAAUAGUUUUGGAUAUCUUUAUCAUUUAAGGUUUCAAUUUGGACCCUCCAACAGGCGCCCAGUAAAAUCCAACUAGCCUGUGGGUGGAUUGUUUUUUUCAAUGGUCGGGAAGACCUACCACGAGAGCAAUCGGCCCUCUCGCCCUUCUCUAGCACCACCCCUCAGGAGUCACGACCCCUUUUUUGUUAUCUACUGUAUGCAUAGUGCUAGGACAUGAUGUGUCCAUACGAUACAAUGGACACAUCUCGGAACAUUUACGUCACCCCAUGGUGAUGCAUUUCGUAGUUAUUGUUUUUUGUUUGUGUAACGGGUAGUGUAAUAGGUAUAAGUAUAAAAGGGGUGGUGUUAUUUGCUGAAUUAAAUAUUGUUGUAAUUUUUGCCUUGCUAUUUAGAGUUAUGCCGUUAAUUAGCCAACUUGGGGUUUUUAGUCAUUAGUCAAAAAAGUGCUGUAAAAAAAGAUUUGGAGGUUUGGUCAUUGCCGUUUUUUAUGUGUUUCUGCCCAUUUGAACUCAUACCUUGCAAUAGUGUGGUCGUAGCUCGAGCAAACCAUUAAAUUCAGCAGUCUUUCUCUUGGCUUGCAGAAAAUAGUCGGCAUAGAUGGUUUAAAACUAUUAAGAGACGAGACGGUGUCUGUUUAGUCUCAACUGAAAGGCUGUUCAACAACUUUCUCCGAAGACUAUUUGUUAUAACUCGGUCUGUAUUUGUUAUAAUAAAAUCUGGAAAUACCUUUAACGGGAGCAAGGAGCAUGCAUUAUUGGCUUUGCAAUGAUCUCAGUAAAAAAUUUUCUGAAUCUGACCCUACUUUGCAGGACCUUCAAGAGGCGAGGAGGGAUAGCAAGGCUAGUUACUAGAGGACCCGGAGAACGGGGCCUGUGAGAAGUUUGGCAUGUUCUUUUUCUUUGUUGUCAGUUUUCUAUAGAGAACAUUUCUAAGCCUUCGGGCCAAUUUAAAUUCGAAAUAUAUUCGUGAAUGUUAUUGAUUCAUUUUACUGUGGACCUAAAAUUUUAA